AUGUUUACACGAAAGGUGAAAAAGGCCCCAGUACACAAGAGACACAUGCGCGUGGGUAAACAGAGCGAAACUGUGGGAGACUCUAGCCUCGCGCUCACUCUCGGCCUUGCCCCUGAAUCAGGGGCCUCUGGCUUUGUCCCUGACAUGGGGUUUCAUGCCGGCCUUGAGUGCGUGGCUAAUCACUGGGGAAACAUUCAAGACGAGAGAAGGAUACGUAGGAGGCAUAAAGGCUGGCGGGUAGGUCUCCAGAGGGUCGAGAUCCUCACCGCAAACCGCACUCCUCUUCUGAAACUUCACCUGAAAGGACACGAUUACCUGUUAUCCUCUUACGAGUCAGGUGAAGUCAGGUCAAAGUCACAUGUGCAACCAGCAGAUUUUGUACCUUAUAUUGAGUACAAGACCAUGUUGAGAGUGUACCAGUGGAUUGGUGCAGGACGAGACAGUGACGGCCACUUAGAACCCCUCGCACAGUUCUGGCUUGCAAAUAAGUCGUCCAUGAGUAGCGAGUGGAUUGAGGAUGACAUGAUGGGUUCACGAUUAGAUAACGAGGAGAGUGAUAUCAUUCCUCCACCACGCUGUUACACUUCAUGGACGGUUCAGCCUGCAACCGAGUCAGAGAAGGAGAUGUAUCGUGUGCAGGAAAAAUUGAGAUAUGAGAAGCCACAUAAAGCGUACACGUUCAGGAUGCAUAGUUAUGAGAGUGUGGUAGGACCAGUGAAGGGAAUUUACACACAGCAGACGGGACUUAACAAAGCUCGGGGUCACUCACUCCUUGUGCCUGAUAGGCCUGCUUAUGUUACCAUUCUGUCUCUUGUUCGAGAUGCUGUAGCUCGCUUGCCAAAUGGAGAAGGAACCAGAUCCGACAUCUGUGAGCUGUUGAAAGAGUCUCAGUACUUAGCUCCUCUGACAAGCCCAACAGCUGAAAACAACUUAAACAGUGUGGUGUCAGGUGCACUAGACAGACUGCACUAUGAAAAUGAUCCAUGUGUGAAAUACGAUGCCCCAAGAAAGUUGUGGAUCUAUUUGCACAGAAACAGAAAUGAGGAAGAAUUUGAGCGAAUGCAUCACCUAAAUGGCCCAGGAGGAAACAAAAACAAAAAGCCUGCUCCUCGGCGGCAGAGUAGAGCUAAAGCCAAAGACACCGUGAAUAUUAAGGGCCCUCCAAAUGUGUCCCUGGAGCCCAUUGCUUCCCCAAAGGUUGAGGGAACUCAGCUGAAAUUGAAGCCUGAGGAAGUUGCUGCUCUUGCCAAGGCCAAGGCGGACAGUCCCGUCAAAUUAGAUCAGCUGGGGUCUGCAGCGGUUGGGAAGACUGUCACAUCCGUAAGAGUUGGAGGUGUUCGAGGAGCCAUGGGUGCAAGUAGUGUUCAGACCAUACAGGUUUCAACAGCCGGUGGUGUACAGACGAUUAAGGUGGCUCUUCCCCCUGGGGCUCAGACCAUCACCAAAGUCACACCACAGACACUGGCCAAAGGACCUACUUCCUCCAUUACAAAAGUGGCAGGACAGACCAUCAGCAGAACAGCCAAUCCAGCACUUGCAAAGGCAGUUACAAGUGGCAUCAAAAGUGUUGCUUUGCAACAGUCAGUUCUCCAGUCUACUGUGGCUGGCCCAACACUGGGACAAGAGACAGUGUUGGGCACACAACACAUCACAAAUUUGUCGUCAGGGAACAUUGGCCAGGUAAAGCCUCGAGCACCUGUUGUCACGCUGACUACCCGGGAAGCAGCAAGACUUCCAGCGCCCUCCGUGUCCCAAGCCAGACCCAGUGCCUCUGCCACCACCACACCAGCCAGCCAGCAGCACACAACUCAGUCGACUCUGGCAUCACAGGUUAGCGGUGUCUCAGGAGGAAAGAUAUCCAACACUGCAACUGUGGUGAAUAUGGCCACCACAGCAGCACAGAAAGCCAAUCUCAUCUCUCUUGGUGGUUUCAAGUUACUACAGGCUACUCCACAACAAGUAGCAGGAAAGAGUAGUGGAUCAAAUAACCCAGUGGUCGUGAAUUCUAUAACAAAGCUGCAGACACUCAUGGUCGAUGGCAAAGUGUUGGUACAGGGAGGGAAGGUGGUACAGGCCAUGCCGGGUAGCGUAGGGAUGGGAGGCAACAUGGGAGGGAAGCAGUUUAUCUCAGGUAUUCUUCCCGGACAGCAGGUGGUCACCGUAGAGAACCUUCUCAGCCAGGGUGACAAGACAACACAGCUCCAAGGUGGGGUUGUAACAACGGUAGCAGGAAACAAGCUAGCAGGAGGAAAUGUGAUCCAGCUGGCAGGAGGAGCAGGUGGUGUCCAGAGGCUGACCCUCGUGUCUCCACAGGGAUCACAUCUUCCUCUCAAUGCAGCCAACCAGAGGCUUGUUUUGGCGACUAGUUCACAGGCAGGGAAGAUAGAUGGGUCUGGCAAUAAGGCUCAGGUGGUUCAGACCAUCCAGACCUUACAGCCUGGCACUCACGUGGUGCAAAGCAGCUUUGGGGCUGUCACAACUACAAGCACCACCACAACCACACCCACUACACCCACCAGCACCAGCAACACUACGCAAGUCAUUACCGCACCCAUAACCUCCACGCGCAUGGGAGGCUCCAACACCCAGCCUCGAUUCUUCUCCGUUGGUCAGCAGCAGAAAACUAUUGUUCAGGGUCUGAAUGUGGCUGGAAAACCAUCAGUCCUCGCCAGUGGUGGAAUCCGUUUAGUUCAGCCUGGCGCCAGUGGCACAGCUGGGACAGCUUCUGUUGUAGCUGGUGGUUCUACAGCCACAGGGAACCUCAUUACAAUAGGUGGCAAGCAAGUGCUGCUCACAUCUAAGCCUUUUGCUCAACAAGGACAGCUGCAGCAGGUAAUGCUGACUGGAGGAAAUGUCAAAGCAGGAGCACAGACUGCUCAGGUGACAAGCAGUCAGGGUGCAGUUGUUGUGGCAAGUGGAACAGGAGGGCAGCAGAUUGUUCUUCCUGCGUCUGCCUUACAGGGUUCACACCUGAAUCUGAAGGGUUUGCAAGCGUUCCAGACCUUAAAAGUUAUUCCAGCAUCACAAGUUACUCAGCAGCAAAGAGGAAAGCCUGUGCUAGCAAGAAUAGUGUCUCCAGCAUCAAUACGAGGUACAACUCAAACAGUUCCAUCAGUUUCCACAAGUCAGUCUACAGUCCAUGAUGUGUCGAAGUCCUAGACCUCGAUUUUGAUUACACUUUGUGGUUAAGCUUAACUUAUGCAGGGAAAAGAAGCUGUUAUACAUUUUAGUUACUCAUAUGCAUUGCCAAUUUUAUUUAUUUUGCUUUUUUCACAAAUGUCUUCCAUGUAACACUUUCGACAAAUGUUAGAAUUCAUCUUGAGUGGAACCUUGUAAAUGAUGUACUUGGCAAGGGGAAGAAUAGUUUUUAAUUAUUUAAAAUUGGUGCAAGGCAAACUUCUUUCAUAUAUUAGUAGUAA